AUGGCUCCUAAAUCUAGUUCUUCCGGUUCCAAAAAGAAAUCAUCGGCAAGUUCUAAUAGUGCUGAUGCAAAAGCAUCCAAAUUUAAAUUGCCUGCUGAAUUUAUUACCAGACCACAUCCUUCUAAAGAUCAUGGCAAGGAAACAUGCACAGCAUAUAUUCAUCCUAACGUAUUAUCCUCGCUUGAGAUAAAUCCGGGAUCAUUUUGUACUGUCGGUAAGAUAGGCGAAAAUGGUAUUUUAGUAAUAGCUAGAGCGGGUGAUGAAGAAGUACAUCCUGUUAAUGUUAUCACCCUUUCCACAACUAUACGAUCUGUUGGGAACCUUAUCCUUGGUGAUCGUCUAGAAUUAAAGAAAGCCCAGGUGCAACCACCUUAUGCCACUAAGGUUACCGUGGGGUCCUUACAAGGAUAUAAUAUUUUGGAAUGUAUGGAGGAAAAAGUAAUUCAAAAGCUACUGGAUGAUAGUGGCGUUAUAAUGCCUGGAAUGAUUUUUCAAAACUUAAAAACAAAAGCAGGUGAUGAAAGCAUUGAUGUCGUAAUUACAGAUGCGAGCGAUGAUUCGCUUCCCGACGUCAGCCAACUAGAUCUUAACAUGGACGAUAUGUACGGUGGAUUAGAUAACCUGUUUUAUCUAUCUCCACCUUUUAUAUUCAGAAAAGGCUCCACACAUAUAACUUUUUCGAAAGAAACCCAGGCAAAUCGUAAAUACAAUCUUCCGGAGCCCUUAUCCUAUGCAGCAGUGGGCGGCUUAGACAAGGAGAUUGAAUCACUGAAAAGUGCUAUUGAAAUACCUCUUCAUCAACCGACGCUAUUUAGUAGCUUUGGUGUUUCUCCCCCUCGAGGUAUACUUCUUCACGGACCCCCAGGUACUGGUAAAACUAUGCUUUUGAGAGUUGUAGCAAAUACGUCCAACGCACACGUCCUAACCAUUAAUGGCCCCUCAAUCGUCUCCAAAUAUCUUGGUGAAACGGAAGCGGCAUUAAGAGAUAUUUUUAAUGAAGCAAGGAAGUACCAGCCUUCCAUUAUUUUCAUUGACGAAAUUGAUUCAAUAGCACCAAAUAGAGCAAACGAUGACUCCGGUGAAGUUGAGAGCAGAGUCGUGGCUACAUUGCUUACCCUAAUGGAUGGCAUGGGCGCUGCAGGUAAAGUGGUGGUAAUUGCUGCUACAAACAGGCCUAAUUCUGUCGACCCUGCUCUCAGGAGACCUGGCAGGUUUGACCAAGAAGUAGAAAUUGGUAUACCAGACGUUGAUGCCAGAUUUGACAUUUUAACUAAGCAAUUCUCAAGAAUGUCCUCGGAUCGUCACGUAUUAGAUUCUGAAGCGAUCAAGUACAUUGCUUCUAAAACGCAUGGCUAUGUUGGUGCUGAUUUAACUGCUCUCUGCAGAGAAUCAGUUAUGAAGACGAUACAACGAGGACUAGGAACAGACGCCAAUAUUGACAAGUUUUCCCUAAAAGUUACAUUGAAAGAUGUGGAGAGCGCCAUGGUUGAUAUCAGACCCAGCGCAAUGAGAGAAAUCUUCUUAGAAAUGCCAAAAGUUUAUUGGUCUGACAUUGGCGGCCAAGAAGAGCUUAAAACAAAGAUGAAAGAAAUGAUACAGUUGCCUUUGGAGGCUUCGGAGACUUUUGCCAGGCUGGGAAUUUCUGCACCAAAAGGUGUAUUACUUUACGGGCCGCCAGGUUGCUCCAAGACAUUAACCGCAAAAGCUCUCGCUACAGAAUCGGGUAUCAACUUCUUAGCUGUGAAAGGGCCUGAAAUUUUUAACAAGUAUGUAGGGGAAUCCGAAAGAGCUAUAAGAGAAAUUUUCCGCAAAGCACGCUCUGCAGCUCCAAGUAUUAUCUUCUUUGAUGAAAUCGAUGCAUUAUCUCCUGAUAGAGACGGGAGUUCCACCUCUGCAGCUAAUCACGUGCUCACAUCUUUACUCAAUGAGAUUGAUGGUGUUGAAGAGUUAAAGGGUGUAGUUAUUGUAGCGGCGACGAAUAGACCUGAUGAAAUAGAUGCUGCUCUUCUAAGGCCUGGUAGGUUAGAUAGACACAUUUACGUUGGCCCUCCAGACGUAAACGCCCGCUUGGAAAUCUUAAAGAAGUGCACAAAGAAAUUUAAUACAGAAGAGUCUGGAGUCGAUCUUCAUGAAUUGGCAGACCGUACAGAAGGUUAUUCCGGAGCUGAAGUUGUGCUGCUUUGUCAAGAAGCGGGCUUGGCUGCCAUAAUGGAAGAUUUAGAUGUCGCAAAAGUGGAAUUACGUCAUUUUGAGAAAGCUUUUAAAGGAAUUGCUAGGGGCAUUACUCCAGAAAUGCUCUCUUAUUAUGAAGAGUUUGCUCUAAGAAGCGGUUCAUCUUCGUAA